AUGGAUAAGCAGUCAGUGGAGAUUUCUCAAGACAUCGAAAAGAAGAAACAGUAUCAAAGAGAAACUGAAACACUUCUCAGCAGACUUGACCUUCAAGACAAACACCAACAGAAGUUGUCAUCAGCAGAUUUUCUUAAAGUAGGUCCACCUGUGAAACAGGACCAAGAUAUAUCUGAGAAAGACCUUGCUCAUACUUUUCUUAAGAGGUUGAUGACAUUAGACUACAGAGCCAGAUUUAUUCCUGUAAGACAGGACAGUCAGGAGCUGAGCCAAUCAAAGCUUCAUCCAGAGUCUGACACUGUUGACACAGAUGAGAGUGAUUUUGAUUGUUUUUACAAAACAACUGCAGAAUUUGAUCAGUCCAAAAUAACUCAUGUACAUCCAAUGGAUGUUCAAAUGGCAGUGUUUCACUGCUCAGACAGCUUUUUAAAGCAGAACAUGAUUACAAAGCUCUCACAAUGUCAGUACGCCUUACCUUUGCUUGUUCCAGACCCAGUCACAAUGAACAUUGACUGUCCUCUGUGGACAUUCAGAAAAAUGACAAAAACAUGGAAAAAAACUGAAAUCAAAGAAAAUUCAAACACUGUCACCAUGAAGAGCAUGUCCAUCUGCAAAGCUGAGACAGCCAUGGUGUCAUUUCUCCGCCUGGGUUCACUGUCUGUGUCUAAAUCUCAGCUGAUGAACACUUUGAUCAACGACCGUCACAGCACCUUCUUCCACAGAAACUGCCCAGGUAGUACCAAGUCUCGCCAUUUGAUGGAUGGUGUGGCAGAGAUUGCCUGGUACUGUCCUGCUGGAAAACCCAAUGAUGCCUUCACUGACUGCAUUGCCUUCUGUAAUCUCCAUGGUGAUGCUCUGACAAUUGAAAAACAGCGUGACAUACUGACAGACAAAUCUUCAGUCAAUGUUGUUCUUGUACCAACUCUUGAGAAAGGUGACAAAAGUACUGCAGUUAUCUCUGCCCUUUACAAGUCUCCAAAGCCUCUCAUUUGUCUAAUUGCUGAUUAUGAUCACAAUGCAGUUCAGAUGAAAGGGAGAAACUACAAAAUGGGUCUAAAGGACAGAAGCCAGUCAGAGGUAUCUGAAGAACUGAAAAAAAUCAUAGGGAACAUUUUGUCCGGACCACAUGAAUCCUUCCAGCUUGAAACCAUGGCUGAGGUCUCUGGAAUCAGAGUGGAUGAAGAUGACGAAGUCUGCCGGAAUGGGAAAUCUGCUGCAAAGAAAGUAGUUAAUCUGCUUCAGGGAAUGGAUGUUUCAAAGAUCAAAGAAACAUUUCUCCCUUGUCAGGGCCAACUAUGGCAUGAGUGGUGCAGAAAAAAUAAAGAACUGUAUCACCUCAAAGGACACAUCGAGGGGGAGAAAUGUAAAAAGCAACAGCAACAGUUGGAAAUUAGACAAAAACAAUGCACUGCUUCCUGCAGUGAACUGAUGAAGUUGUUCAUUGAAAAUCUCUCAUCUUUACCAUCAACAGACAAAAAGUAUUUCCUAAAAUGGACUCAAAUCUCAAUAGAUGCUCUCUCCACAGAUGAUCUCUCAUUAAUUCUCCAAAGCUAUGAUGAAAAGUGGUCUGAAGUCUUGGAAUUGAAGAAGAAGAAGCAUGACAAAAGUGAUCUAAAGGAAAAGCAAACUGAGCUUGAUCAAAUAUCAACAAAACUACAGUCAGCAACUUUUGGCCUGGAGCACAUCUUUAGAGAAAUGGGACAGAUCUAUGAAGCCCAUGCAUCUCUGCAGAAACAAACAAAGAGGGGACAGACUGACUGGUCUAAAUACCCUGAGCUGGCUGCAGAACUGAUGAUAUCAGGACACCCAAUGGAGCUGAUGGAUGGUGAUGCAGGUCAUGUGCCUUUAACAUGGAUCUCUAGUCUUUUAGAUGAAGUCAUCAAGAAACUGGGUGACAAGAGAGUUUUUGUUUUGUCGGUAUUAGGCGUACAAAGCAGUGGGAAAUCAACAAUGCUCAAUGCCAUGUUUGGCUUACAGUUUGCAGUGAGUGCUGGCAGGUGCACCAAGGGGGCCUUCAUGCAGCUGGUCAAAGUGUCAGAGGAGAUCAAGAAAGACUUUCAGUUUGACUACAUUCUAGUGGUGGACACUGAAGGACUGCGGGCUCUUGAGUUGGCAGGUAACGACACUCUUCACCACGACAAUGAACUGGCAACAUUUGUUGUUGGUCUGGGAAACAUGACACUGAUCAACAUCUUUGGAGAAAAUCCAGCUGAGAUGCAAGAUGUUCUGCAGGGUGUUAUUCAGGCUUUCAUGAGGAUGACGAAAGUUAAACUUUCUCCAAGUUGUGUGUUUGUUCAUCAGAAUGUUACAGAUAUUGCAGCUGCAGAAAAAAACAUGGAUGGAAAGAGACGGCUUCAAGAAAAACUGGACCAGAUGGCCCAACUAGCAGCCAAAGAGGAGGUUUGUGAUGCUGAGUGCUUCAGUGACAUCAUUGCAUUUGAUGUGCAGAAAGAUGUGAAAUACUUUGCUCAACUAUGGGAGGGAAGUCCACCUAUGGCUCCUCCAAAUCCAGGUUAUAGUGAGAGUGUCCAGGAGCUGAAGACCACCAUCCUCUCUAAAGCUUCACAGUCUGCUGGGAUCACUCUCUCACAGUUCAAAAGCAAAAUUCAUGACCUGUGGAAUGCCCUGUUGAAUGAAAACUUUGUUUUCAGUUUCAAAAACACACUUGAGAUUGCAGUGUACAGAAAACUUGAGGAGCAGUACGGCAACUGGACCUGGGCCCUGCGGAGCAACAUGUUGACCAUUGAGAACCAACUUUAUACCAGAAUUGAAAAUGGAAAACGUGACAAGGUCGAGCCCAAUUAUCUUAAAAAAGAAAUGAACGAAACCUUUGGAGAAAUCAAAAAAGCAAUGACAGCAUACUUUGAUGAUGACAGCGACAAAGAAAUAUUGGUUCAGUGGCGAGGACUAUUUGAAAGUAAAAUCAAGGAAUUUCUUGAUGAAGAAUUGAGAGGAGUUAAACGAAAACUGAAUGAAGUCAUUGACCAGAAGAAUGCUUGUAAAAAGCUAGAUGAAAAGAAGACAGAGUUUGAGAACAAGCUGCUACAAAAGAGCAAAGAUCUUGCUCAUAAAUCAAAAGAUAAGGCAAGCAAUGAAAACCAACUGAAAAAACUGUUCAACUCUGCUUGGAGUGGCUGGGUCCGUGAAUUUACUGCAGAUACAAAACAUAUUGAGGACAUCAACUAUGAAGAAGACCAGACAACUAUCCUUCAGGAGCUUGGUUUUGAAUGGUCUCUGAUACAUGAAUCCAAACGCAUUGGCAGAUACAAAAAAAUAUCAGAGGUUGGUGAUUAUUUGGAUUAUAUAAUCCCAACCAAGAACCAAGAUAAACAAAAACUCAUCAGAUCCCUCAUUGGCUAUAUUGAAGAACAGUCCCUUGCUGAAAUUAAGAGAAAACCCAUAGCUACAAGAGGCUAUGAAUCAACUGACUUGGAAGACAUUCCCUUCAUUGUGACGAAAAGUGUGACAGAAUUUGAAUCAAAGAGAAAAUUUGCUCUGAAGAAGGAGUUUACAGUUGAUCUCUUACUGUAUGUGUUUGACAGAGCAGAGAGUUGGCUUUUAGAGUCGCACAAGAAAUUCAAGGGGAACAAUGAUGCACCGACAUAUUUAAAAAAACAAAAAAAGCAAUAUUACAACAUUUUUAGAAGUUUCUGUAAAGGAAACGCAUCUGCUGUUGUGCUCGGAGAACUGAUCUGUGAGAAACUGAAGAGUUCGACUGUUGAGGCCACUUGCAACAAGACUGCCAUUGAUCUCGCUGGAGAGAUGAGGUGUAGUUUUCCAGCAUUCAACGGGAACAGGCUGAACUUGGAGAAACAUUUGUUGAAGUCACUAGCAGAGAAAGAGGACUUUGAUAGUUUUAUCACAUACAUUCGGCAUCCAAGGAAGCAAGUAGAGACUUUUAUAAAAGAGGAAGUGAAGAAAUACAUCUUCACAGGAAACAAAGAUAAAGCAUGGAAUAUACUCAAGAAAAAUGUUGAAGACAUCAAAAAACUUGUGAGUCAAGCUUUAUUUUCUGCAACAGAGAAAGUCAAAACCCUGAGGGGAGACCCAGACAUGUGGGUGGAGGAAUUUUCUAGUUUGCUGAAAGAUGAGCUAACAUUCGACACCAUCUCUUGUCAAAACUUCAGUGACAUAAACAACUUCGACUUUCUUAAAGAAGAGACAGAAAAAAGCCUUGUGUCUGUUAUGAAGGAAGUCAGCAGCCUCUCAUUGAAUAAAAUGGAGGAAUUCAGGAUGAAGCCUGAUCAAAUCCUCAUCGAUCAGCUGUGUAACUGCUGCUGGGAGAUGUGUCCAUUCUGUGCAGCUGUUUGUACCAACACAGUAGAAGAUCACAGUCCUGAUGACCACAGUGUGCCUUUUCAUCGUCCCUGUGGGGUCAUUGGUAUGUACACAGAAAACUCAUUGGACCCAGUGAUCGAUUUCUGCACAACUAAAGUUACAAGUGAUGGAACUUUUUACCCUUGUCAAGAUGCAGAAGAACUCAUUCCAUAUAAAGAGUAUCGAACUGCUGGUCCAAGGUAUGCUGACUGGAGAAUCACCCCUGAUGCCUCUAAGCUGAUAUACUGGAAAUGGUUUGUGUGCCAUUUCCAAAAGAAACUGGAAGAUCACUAUACAUUCACAUUUCAGGGCAGUGGUGAAAUUCCCACUGAGUGGAAAACACACACUAAAGAAGAAGCUAUUAAAAGUCUGGAUGAAAUGUUCAAUGUGUAA